AUGGCGAGGGGCGCAACCACCAUGGAGGUCCGCGCCGACGGCGUCGCCGUCAUCACCAUCUCCAACCCGCCCGUCAACGCCCUCUCCUUUGACGUCAUAGCUAGCUUGCAGAGCAACUAUGGAGAAGCUCUAAGAAGGAAUGAUGUCAAGGCCAUCGUUCUCACUGGGGCCAAAGGGAGGUUUUCAGGUGGAUUUGAUAUAAAUGGAUUCGGAAAUAAACCAAAAAACGAGAAGCCCGGGUCCUUUUCGAUUGAUUUUCUGACUGGCGUAGUGGAAGAUGCUCAGAAGCCGUCAGUGGCUGCUAUAGAUGGUGUUGCUCUAGGUGGUGGCUUAGAGCUUGCAAUGGUUUGCCAUGCUCGCGUUUCUACACCGUCAGCUCAAUUAGGACUACCUGAACUUCAGCUUGGUAUCAUUCCUGGAAUGGGAGGAACACAACGAUUGCCCCGCCUUGUUGGCCUGCAAAAAGCUCUUGAGAUGAUGUUGAUGUCAAAGUCUAUAAAAGGAGUAGAGGCUCACAAAUUCGGUUUGGUUGAUGCCAUAGUUUCAGCUGAUAAGCUGGUCAGCACUGCCUGUUCUUGUGCUCUGGAAAUCCACGAACACAAAAAGCCAUGGUUAAAGAGUCUCCUGAGAACGGAUAGACUUACAGAUAUUGUGGAAGCAAAGAAAAUUCUUAAAUCUGCGAGAGUACAAGCCCUAAAACAGUCUGCUAAUCUUCAACAUCCGUUAGUUUGCAUUGAUGUUAUUGAAGAAGGAAUUCUUUUUGGCCCUCGUGCCGCCCUCAUGAAGGAAGUGCUUUCUGGAAAAAUGCUUGAGCAAUCUCAAACAAGCAAAAGCUUAAGACAUGUCUUUUUCGCCCAACGCGCGACUUCAAAGAUACCAAAUAUUACCAACUUGGGUUUGACACCACGGAGAAUACUAAAGGCAGCUAUUGUUGGGGGAGGUCUAAUGGGAUCCGGAAUUGCAACUGCGUUCAUACUGAGUGACAUUGUGGUAGUCUUGAAAGAAGUAAAUGAGAAGUUCUUGAAUACUGGUAUUAACAGAAUUAAAGCCAAUUUGCAGAGUUUUGUCAAAAAGGGAAGAAUGACCAAAGAUGAUUAUGAAAAUAAACUUUCUCUACUGUCCGGUGUUCUUGACUAUGAGCAAUUUAGAGAUGCAGAUGUGGUCAUUGAGGCCGUUAUUGAGGAUAUAUCGCUGAAGCAGCAAAUAUUCUCUGACCUUGAAAGGAGCUGUCACUCUAAUUGCAUAUUUGCCACAAAUACUUCGACGAUAGAUUUGCAGUUAAUUGGCCAACAGACAGCUUGUCAAGAUCGAAUUGUUGGUGCCCACUUCUUCAGUCCAGCUCAUGUCAUGCCACUGUUGGAAAUAGUUCGUACUCAGCAGACUUCCUCACAAGUUAUUGUGGACUUGCUAGAUGUGGCGAAGAAGAUACGGAAAACACCAAUUGUUGUUGGGAGCUGCACUGGGUUUGCUGUCAAUAGGAUGUUUUUUCCUUAUGGACAGGUGGCUGGUUUGCUUGUUGAUUAUGGUUUGGAUGUAUAUCACAUAGACCAUGUGAUAACACAAUUUGGAAUGCCGAUGGGGCCAUUUCGAUUAGCUGAUCUUGUAGGCUUUGGCGUUGCCGUUGCCACUGGAAAGCAAUAUUAUCAGAGUUACCCAGAGCGAUGCUAUAAAUCGCUUCUUACUGCAGUUAUGCUGGAGGAGAACAGGACAGGUGAAUCUUCUCGUAAGGGAUUUUAUCUUUAUGAUGAUAAGCGACAAGCUUCUCCAGACCCUGAUAUCAAAAAGUAUGUUGAGAAAUCAAGAAAGAUGGCAGGUGUUGCACAAGAUCCUAAGCUGCUGAAAUUAACAGACAAGGACAUUGUAGAGAUGGUCUUCUUUCCCGUGGUGAAUGAGGCCUGCCGAGUCCUUGAUGAGGGAAUUGCACUGAAAGCAUCUGAUCUUGAUGUAGCAUCCAUUAUGGGAAUGGGCUUCCCUUCUUUUAGGGGUGGAGUGAUGUUUUGGGCCGACUCUCUCAGCGCGGAAUACGUGUACCGCAGACUGGACGGGUGGUCCAAAGAUUAUGGAGAGUUCUUCAAACCCUGUGAAUAUCUAGCUGCCAGAGCUAGUCACGGCGCAUCCUUGGCUGCCACCACAGCUGAUGGCACCAAGUCGCGACUCUAG